CCCCUCCCCGGUGGGCGGAACCUCCGCUCUGCAUCACAGCGCCAUCAGCGCAGCGGUUCCACAAAGAGACGACGCGAGAAAGAAAAAAAGACACAGCUCCUAUCUGGCCUGCGCCGCUACUCCUGCCGCGACAUAUCCUGUCCCCACGGUGCAGAAAGCGGCGCUGGACUUGAGCUUAAUGGAAAUAAAACAGAGAAAAGAGUCAACCGGGAAGAGCAAAAUGUCCAGAUGACAACAACUAUGCUGACAUAACUAAUAAAUUAUCAGUUCACCGACACUUCCUUCCUCCUGCUUUAACCACUCCCCCUCCCCCCCCACUCAUCCGCCGCCCAGCCAUGUUCAUUAGGAGGAAGCUUUGUGUCGUUGUGGCGAUUGCUGCCUUUCUCCUCCUAAUGCUGGCGAGCCAGGGCAUCCAAAGGAGACAUCUCCUGCCGCUGUCGGCGGCCCCGCUCAACAGCAGGGCCACAGCCUCCAACAGGGAGACGGUGGUUGAGCCAACAGUAGCCCCUUCUGUCCUGACUCCUCCUCCCCCAUCCAGUACCAUCCAGCCUGAGGCCGAUGAGGAAGAAGCAGAUGAGGAGGAAGAGCAGCAGCAGCCUGUAAAGGACUUCCAGUACCAGAUGCCAUGUGGUUGCUCGAAGUCCUGCGUCUCAGACCUCAAAGCGUCCGCCUGGUUCAGCGAACACUACAAGCCCGACCAGCAACCCAUCCUACGUGCCAAGAACAACUUUGACCCUGAUGAACUUGCAUGGUGGCUGGGUCUGCAGCGGUCUGGUAGUGGUCAGACGUUAGAGGAAGUGAUGGCAAAAAUGUUUGAGGUCAUUUCCCCACCCACUGUGGACACCAGGCCCGUCCCCACACGUUGUCGUAAAUGUGCAGUUGUCGGCAACUCGGGCAACCUGCAGGGGUCCGGGCACGGCAGAUUAAUCGACUCGCACAGCUUCAUCAUUCGAAUGAACAAGGCGGUAACUCGAGGUUUCGAGCGGGAUGUCGGGAACCGGACAACGCAUCACUUCAUGUACCCAGAGAGUGCUGUGGACGUGCGUCAUGGCGUCAGCCUCGUCCUGCUGCCGUUCAAGCUGAGGGACCUGGAGUGGCUGACCAGUGCGUUGUCCACCGGCCAUAUCAAAAUGACUUACAUGAGGGUUAAAAACAAAGUGGAGGCCGAUAAAGACAAGGUUCUGGUGGUGAAUCCAGUCUUCUUUAAGUAUGUUCAUGAUCAUUGGACAGAACAUCACGGUCGCUAUCCGUCCACCGGCAUGCUGGCCAUCAUCUUUGCUCUGCAUACCUGUGACCAGGUGUCUGUGUUUGGUUACGGUGCCGACAAGCAGGGGAACUGGCAUCACUACUGGGAGGAGAACCGCUACGCUGGAGCCUUCAGGAAGACCGGUGUCCACAGUGCCGACUUCGAGACCGAGGUCAUCCAUACGCUCGCCAAGGAAGGCAAGAUCAAGCUCUACCUUUAACGCUCACCUGAAGACGGAAGGAUCUGGCACUGAACAGCCUAAUUUGAGCCAGAGAUGAGCUGCAGAUUUUUUUCUUUUCUUCAAUUGAAGAAGAUUUGGACAGUAAUCAGAUUGCUGUUUUCUCUUAUCCAGUACCACAUUUGCCUUCAGUAGCUUCCUUAGGGAUGCCAUUUUUUUAUUAUUGCCAGUCACCUUUGGACACAUGCGUGAAAGUGAACUUAAUGCAACAGAUCUGCUGGAUAUUGAUCAGAUACAUUUACAGACUCCUGCUGCUUCAAAGAAGUUCAACUUGAACGAUCGGCCUUAUUUGAUCCCUUUACUGACUGUCCUGCUGUUGGUAACUGAUGGGACUGACCACGAUACGUUUUGCUCUGAAUGGGAAUCAACCACCGAAUAUUUGUUAUAUAAACUUUUGUUUCGUAUUCUCCCAAUACUAUAAAGGGUUAACCUCUGUCUAUUUCAUUAAAAGCACUUUGUAAUGAGGAGGAAAUGUUGGGUAAAGGUAAAAUAAUUUGUUUACGAACCACACACAGACAUGGAUAGAUUUGUUGGCACCCCUGCUUAAGGGGUGUCAAAACCAUGAAAUAAAUGCAUCCAACCUUUUUAA